AUGACACUCACCACUCAUUCAUGUUGGACACUGAAAUCUUUCAUUAUAGCCACCCCACUAACAUUCUCUGUGUGUAGCGCUCGACUUGCUCCCCCCUUCGCGCCUGACUCUAUAUUGCACUCUUUUUCUCUUUCUUUAUUUAUUCUAUCUUUCUCAUUCAGCACUUUUUUCUUCUUCUUUUUUUUUUACUACUACACAUCAACAUUUCUUUCUCUGUGUUAUAUUGUCUACACUUUUGAAUUCCUCGUAUACAUCUCUCUUUACCCACUCUUUCUACACGCUCUUUAUUUUCUCUCCUUUCCAUCACACCCUUUAUCCCCCUCCCCGAACUUUUUCUCUCCAUAUCCGUCAAUUUCCCCCUCUCUCUUUGUGUGUGUAUCUAUCUAUCUAUCUAUAUCUAAAAUUAAUUGCUCCAUCUGUCUAUCCAUCUAUCUAUCUAUCUAUCUACCUCUCUCUAAGACAUUAAUCUAUCUAUUUAAAACUGUAAUCCGUCUAUCUAUCUAUCUAUCUAUCUAUCUAUCUAUCUACCUCUCUCUGUCUAAGACAAUCUAUCUAUCUAAAUCUGUAAUCUAUCUAUUUAUCUAUCUAUCUAAUAAUAUUUUUCUUAUUCUUCUACUCUCAAAUGUCCCCGUUCUAUUUUCCUCUCUCACUCCUUCAUUUAUUCCAAAGACAGUUUUUCAUUAUUUAUUUUUCACUUCUCCUCCUCUCAUACUCUUACUUUCAUGUUCUUCGUUUCUUUUUUCAUACCCAUUAUUCUGUCAAAAGCUCCUUUUGUCAUGUUUUCUUUUCUUCCUCUCAUUUCACUUUUCUAUCGCGUCUUUUUCUUGCUUCCUCUCAAGUACAUACACAGAGACAGUUAACGCGUACGCAAGCACCCACCCAUUCUCUGUUACUUUCAUAUUGAAUUUUUCCGUCACCGAACAUUCUCAUUUCUUCUUCCGCUCAGAAUUCCUCGCUGAUACUCACUUAAUACAACUCGGCUCAACUCGCAAUUCAACUUCUACUUUCACUUUCGCUUUUAACUUACCAACUUGA